GCUAUACAACUUUCUCCACCGUUGAUCCAGCUUCAUUUCAAGAAAAAAAUGGCCGAAGAAAUUAACAAACCCGCGUUUCGAUCCUCCUCGUCAAUCACCGUGGCAAAAAGAAAAUCCUCAUGGCCGUCCGUUCCCCGUUGGAUUCCUACUUCUACCGAUCACAUCAUCGCCGCUGAGAAACGCCUUCUCUCUCUCGUCAAGACUCCAUAUGUGCAAGAAAAAGUGAAUGUAGGUUCUGGUGCGCCUGGUUCUAAAGUUAGGUGGUUUCGUUCUUCGAGCAACGAGCCGAGGUUCAUAAAUACAGUUACCUUUGAUAGCAAAGAAGGUUCCCCUACACUUGUUAUAAUACAUGGAUAUGCUGCUUCUCAGGGUUUCUUUUUUAAGAAUUUCGAUUAUCUCGCCAAUCAUUUCCAGGUCAUUGCCAUUGAUCUGCUUGGUUGGGGUGGAUCAAGCAGGCCUGACUUUAAAUGCAAAAGCACUGAAGAGGCAGAGGAUUGGUUUGUUGAUUCUUUUGAGGAAUGGCGUAAAGCAAAAAAUCUCAGUAACCUUAUAUUACUUGGACAUUCUUUAGGAGGAUAUAUUGCUUCUAAGUAUGCUCUCAAGCAUCCUGAACAUGUUCAACACUUAAUUUUAGUGGGACCUGCUGGAUUUUCAUCAGAAUCAGAUAUCAGAUUUAAGUGGUUUGCCCGCUUCAGAGAAACAUGGAAAGGGUCAAUCACGUAUCAUUUAUGGGAGUCUAAUUUUACUCCUCAGAAACUUGUAAGAGGUUUAGGUCCUUGGGGUCCGAAUCUUGUACGCAAGUAUACAACUGGUAGGUUUCGCCCUAGAUAUUCACCUGAGAUUGUACUGACAGAGGAGCAGAGUAGUCUUCUAACAGAUUAUGCAUACCAUACUUCAGCCGCCAAAGCAAGUGGAGAGCUGUGCUUAAAAUAUAUAUUUUCUUUUGGAGCAAUGACUCGGAAGCCCCUUUUAAACAGAAUGCAAGUAUGUAUCUGAUUUCAAAACAUUAUUUCCGUACGAGG